CGUUUGACAGUACGAGUUCGUCAGCAGGCGACGUCGGUUCGCAUAUUAAUUUAUCUGUGUCGUGUGUGUAAAAAGAAAGCAUUAAAAGAGACGUAAAGUGCGACUAAACACAUAGUUUAUUUCGUCAGGGUGUUAGCGUGAAAUUGCGCAAAUAUUUACGAUAAUAUUAUCGUCAUUUACAACACCCAAAAAACUUGUCACAAUGAAGUUGUACGCUGCAGCAACAGUUGCGCUGUUUCUGUUGGCCGCAAUCCAAACAACGCCAACAGCUGCCGAGGAACAGGAGACACAGACAGAGAGCGCUGAUGAGGCGAUCAGCGAGCCGCCCAUCAAAUUGGUCCAUGUGCUGAAUCCUGGAGAGCGAGAAUAUCUCUCGCCCAAUUUGAUUGGCGUGCAGAACAUAGCGAUGUCCUUUCUGCCCCUCUCGAUGAAUUUUGUGAACAUCAUCGAUGCCUUUCGCGAAAUUGUGAAUGGUGUGCGCUACGAAAUACUGUUGAAUGCGGUGGACACAAAGGCCAACGAUGCGGACACGAUCUGCCGCCUGGUGAUACUGGAGAAGCCCUGGCUGACCACCCAGUGGGGCGACAAGCACCGGGAGCUGGUGAACACCAAUUGCAGCGAUGUGGCCGACAAUGCCCUGACCGAUCCCGAUGAGCGGGCCAAGGCGCUCAACGAGAAAUAUGUCUCCCGCGAGAGGCGUGGCUUGAACGAUGUGCCCCUGGGCGGCAGCAAGCCCUUUGACGAGAAGCAGGCCGAGGAGCAGCUCCAGCAGACUCUUGACAAGCUAACCGCUGGCGACGGACCGCACUACAAGAUUGUCAAAGUCUAUACGGCGUCGCGUCAGCUUGUCUCUGGCACUCUGACUCGCAUCGAUGCGGAUCUGAUUGACGGCAACGAUGAGCAGCGUCGCUGCAUCGUUGAGAUCUGGGCACAGCCGUGGCUGGAGCAGGGUCAUAAGAUAACGUUCAAGUGCCACAACCAGCCGGCGGUGCAUGCGCGGCACAGCCGCUCCGUGGAAUGGGCCGAGAAGAAGACGCACAAGAAGCACAAUCACCACUCCCUCAACAAGAUCGACCAUCUGUUCCACGUGUUCCAGAUCAAAUACAAGCGCCGCUACGCCAACAGCAUGGAGCACCAGAUGCGUCUGCGCAUCUUCCGCCAGAAUCUGAGAACCAUCCAGGAGCUGAACGACAAUGAGCAGGGCAGUGCCAAGUACGGCAUCACGGAGUUCGCCGACAUGACCAGCACGGAGUACACACAGCGCGCGGGCCUGUGGCAGCGCAGCGCGAAUAAGCCAACGGGCGGCAAGCCUGCCGUGGUGCCUCCGUAUAAGGGUGAACUGCCCAAGGAAUUUGACUGGAGGGAAAAGAAUGCCGUGACUCAAGUGAAGAACCAAGGCUCGUGCGGCUCCUGCUGGGCGUUCAGUGUGACCGGCAACAUCGAGGGCUUGUAUGCCAUUCAAACGGGUGAGCUGCGGGAGUUCUCCGAGCAGGAGCUGCUCGACUGUGACUCCACAGACAGCGCCUGCAAUGGCGGCCUAAUGGACAACGCCUACAAAGCCAUCAAGGACAUUGGCGGGCUGGAGUACGAGUCCGAGUAUCCCUAUCUGGCCAAGAAGAAGCAGUGCCACUUCAACAAGACGCUAUCCCACGUCCAAGUCGCUGACUUUGUCGAUCUGCCCAAGGGCAACGAGACAGCCAUGCAGGAGUGGCUCCUGGCCAAUGGACCCAUAUCAAUUGGCCUCAAUGCCAAUGCCAUGCAGUUCUAUCGUGGCGGCGUCUCUCAUCCCUGGGGCCCGCUCUGCAGCAAAAAGAAUCUCGAUCACGGCGUUUUGAUUGUGGGCUACGGCGUCUCCGACUAUCCCAACUUCCACAAGACGCUGCCCUAUUGGAUCGUUAAGAACUCGUGGGGCCCUCGCUGGGGCGAGCAGGGCUACUAUCGCGUCUACCGUGGCGACAACACCUGCGGCGUCAGCGAGAUGGCCACCUCGGCGGUGCUGGCCUAAGCUUGCCCAGCUCUAUACCACUCUAUGCUAAUAUAUACAUAUAAAUAUA